AUGAUGCGGCGGGGGUCAUCGGUUUCCCACCUGUUCUCCUUUGCAACGAUGGUUGAUCCCCACGCGGGUACGCCAGUGUCGGCGGCCUUCCUUAGCCAUCAGCACAUAGUCACAUAUAUGGAUGUCGUUAGCGCUGCGCUUCUUGCAUACGACGUGAUUAUCAAGCUCGAUGUCGAAAUCGAGCAUAUUUGGAUGAGGAAAUGGUCAUUCUUGACUGUUGUGUACAUCAUACAACGUUAUCUCCCAUUCAUCGAUACUAUGGGAUUGGUUCUUGAUCACCAUUUCGGAGCACAUUUGAACGAACACUAUUGCACCUUAAAUUUCAACAUGGCCGGAUGGUGUUAUAUUGUCGGUAUGACUUUGUCUCAAGUCAUCCUAACAAUCCGCGUCUGGGCGGUCUGGAACAGGAGUGUUCCAGUUGCUGUAGGAUUUGUUUUAUUCUUUCUUGGCUGUUGGGUGCCUUGUUAUGUUCUUUUAGGAGAAUUCUCGAGAACCGGGAAAUUCGGACCUGAUCCAUCCAACACUUCUUUCGGAUGCUACCUGACCAGUCACCCUUCUUUGGUGCCGUUUUGGGCAUUGUGGUUAGUAUAUGACUCUGGUACAUUUAUGAUGAUUCUCAUACCUGGUCUUCGAGCAUAUCGUGGGGUUGGCAGAUCAGAGCUCCUCAAGGCUAUUUACCAAGAUGGUGUUGCCUACUAUGUGUUCAUGUUCUCAACUUCACUGGCAAACAUGAUAGGCAAUCUCAUUCUUCCAUACGACCUGACCUUUCUCUUGUUUUCAUUCGCGCGUGUCAUACAUUCUCUUGUGACUAGUCGUGUCCUCCUCCACAUUCGCCAAGUGGCCUGGGAACGUUCAGAGAGCUUCCAAAUGUUGUCGCAGAUCCGGUUCACACAAAAUGGACACGAAGGAUCAUGUUCUGUCCCUAACAGGAUACAUGAUCGUUUCGAGGUGUCGGAGUUCUCGACUCGACUAUACCAGAGUCCAGAGUAG